AUGAAUGACCGAUAUUCUCCAGUAUUCCAGCUGUUGGAUAUCAGCUACCCAACUGAUCUACAGCCACAGAAUAGAUUGCCUCUGGGGAACAGUGAGGAAAACUCUCACCUCACAGAAGACAGAGAAAAUGCCGUCCAUCGCACCAAAAGGAGCCAGCAGAAUAAGCGACUUGAUUCAGAAUCACAUGGAAACAAACGGAAAGAAAGGAAGAAAGGCAAGAAAGGCCCUCCGGGUGCACCUGGCCCCCCAGGCCCUCCAGGGCCACAGGGGCCACCAGGUAUUCCUGGCAUCCCAGGUAUCCCUGGGAACAACGCCAUGGGCCCCUCAGGACCACCCGGACCGCCAGGCCCUGCUGGACCCCCAGGGCCACAGGGACCCCCUGGUCUUCAAGGACCCUCAGGGGGCAGAGUCAGAGAUAACCAGCCUGCUGUGGUACAUCUCCAAGGCCAGGAAACAACAAUACAGGUCAAGGAAGAAGGCGUACUGAGAAACUGGAAAAUGAUAUCCAUGCAUCACAAGGUGUUCAAGAUGCACUCGCGGUCUGGGGAGCUGGAGGUGCUGGUAGAUGGUACCUACUUCAUCUAUAGUCAGGUAGAAGUUUACUACCUCAACUUCACUGACAUUGCUAGCUAUGAGGUGAUGGUGGACAAGACGCCGUUCCUGCGCUGUACACGGAGCAUCGAGACUGGACAGCGCAAGUUCAACACCUGCUACACGGCUGGGGUGUGUCUGCUGCGUGCCCGGCAGAAGAUCUCCAUCAGGAUGGUGUACGAGGACACCUCCAUUAGCAUGACCAACCACACCACCUUCCUGGGGAGCAUCCGACUUGGGGAGGCCCCCCCAGCCAGCCACUCCUGAAGAAGCAGACACAGGCCCACCAAACUGACUGUCAAAUCAGGACCCAACCCUCAACCAGCCCCAACCCUCAACCACCAUAUCCAUCUAUGGUUUAUGGGAGACUCCACCGACUCUACUCUGCCUCUACAACCAUCACCACCAUCUAUCACAUAUCGACCAAUGAGGAGAUGAGAAGGCCCACCUACUCCUGAGUUGACAUGUACAGUGCAUACAGUAUCCACCCUCAGGCUGGGCCAGGCCCCAUCCUCAGGCUGAGUUGAUAGGUCCCACCCUACCUGAUAUUAGGGUGUAAUGGUGUAAUGAUAUUAACCCACUGCCUGUUAUCUCUGAGUGGAAGAUUCUUUCCAAAGAGUGAUGAUGACUCUGAUCUUCGGUGCUGAUUAUGGACAAAUAUGCACCCAACUUGUCAAGCAUUAAGAAAGGGAGGAGUUGCUGAUUUUUUUGGAAGAAAAAUACAUUAGGCUUUAAUUCUAGAAUAGUGCAUUUAUAGGGAAUAACUUGGUUUCCCUGAUCAUAACAUGCUUGAGAAACCAAGAUUGACAGGAGUCAUUCAAGUCUCCACUAAAAUAACUCUCUCAUGACAAAGUACAUAAAACACCUAUUAUACAUUAUUAAACAAAUGUAGAAUGCUUGUUUUUAUCUACCAAACUAAACCUAUUUGGAGAAGUGAAUGUGAUUGUUGGUGUGGUAUCAAUCCACUGAGUUAUAUAGGUUGUUAGCUAACAUGGGUACAUACUGUAAAAGCGUUUGAAUACAAUAUAGAAAUACAAUGUGUGAGAGUUCUCUGAUGAAUUGAACAUGCACAGCUGAAGCACAAACAUUUCUCUGUUAGAAUGUGCACUGAUUAAAACAAAUUAUUGACCUGUAGGCAAAUAUAUCUCUCUCUCUACCUCUCUCUCUCUCUUUCUCCCUCUCUUGUUAAAUAACAAGGUCUUUAUGGAUGUUUCUUUUAGGUUUGAAAUGAAGUUGUUUGUCAAAUAUGGAAUCAACCAGAUUAAUACUGUAGAUUCAUUUUUCCAAAUUACUAACAUGACCUAAAAAUGACAUUCUUCAUGUUACUAUGUUGACCGUUCAUGAUCCCAAGGCUUGUCAUGGACACCAUUUAUAUUUCUUUGCUUUAUUUAGUUCUGCUUUGGUUUGUUUGAAAUAACCAAUUCACUUGUCAUUCCCUUUGAGCUGAACCAGUCAUGUCCUGUUUCUGGAAGGCCAUUUGUGUUUCACUUUUUCUCAGAAUAAUUUUGUCUUUCCAUAUACAUAGGCAGCUUGAAUCUUUUGUGAAUAAUCACACACAGUCAAAACAUUUUUCAGCAUAUAACUCCUUUGCGUGUUCAUGUGUAUAUGUGAGUGGACACAUUAGUCUUUAAGGAAGCAUUUAAGGGCCCAGAUUAUCUGUCAACAUUACAGUUUCUGGAUGUUUAUGAAACUGCUCUGCACUGUGCAUGUAUUAUAAAUAUUACAGGGUUUGGUCAAUCACCAUGCAGUCAACCUUCUGGAAAAUUGGUGACAAAAGCAGAAUCAUGUCCAGUUGUUUUGAAUUAGUUUGAUAACCGUUAUGGAAGGAAAGAUAAAUCAGACCAUUACCCAGGGAAGUUCAAGUGUAUUACUUUUCUGUUAUUAUGGGAAUUCUACAUCAUCCAUAAUGUCUGCAAUAAGAGUUGGUAUCAAACAUUACAACUUUCAGUUUAGAAACCUGACAAAAAGGGCAAUGAGUGUACCAUGUUCUUGUAGUAUUACUUUAGUUGUGUCGCAAUCAGAAUUUGUUUGGUUCAAUUCAGUGCUUAUUCAGUGUUCAUUCUCCAAUUCAUGCUUUGUGAUUAAAUUCAAUGCCCGAGUCAAGUUGAGUCAAGAUAGAAUUGUCCCAAACUCUGGUAGCUAUAGUCCUUUUAAUUCAAACACUGUUUAGUUUAAGUGUUUCAAUACAUUGUGGUAUGUAUUGUGAUAUGAAUUAUUUGGAUUGUUUGUAGGUAAAUAGGGUAUAAUUGUUUCCCUGCUUUGUUGACUAAUAUGUACAUUUGUAUACUCUGUUGUGAUUGUAAAUAUGUAUAUAAAAUAGAAUUCUGUUUUUGUAAAUUGUAUUGAUUUAUAUAAUUAUUAUUAUUUUAAUUCACAGUUGUUAUAUAACAUAGUAUUUUGUAACAACACUUAUGGCAGU